GGGGCGCCCCAGGGCAUCAUCUUCUCUCCCCCGAGCCCAGUUCUUCAAUCUCCAGGGCCGCCACUUGCGAGAGCUGUCCGAGCUCGAAGCAACUCACCCAGGGUCCUAUGGACAGCUGAGACGGCUCAGCGUGCUAGACUAGUUGCCAAGGCACAAGCAGAUGUUUGCAUCGCUGUGGCGAGGGCAGCAAGCACUGGAGCAUUUGAAGCUGAGAUGAGUCCCAAACCCCAUGCACCUUUGGGACAGGACGUGGCUCAUGUGGCCGUGGCCCAUGUGGCUGCACCCAGAGUCAUCAGACAGGGUUCCUCUCCACGAGUGUUGCAGCGAGCUGUUUCGGCGCCGCCGGCUCAAGGUGUUCUGCAGUUUGUUCCUGUUGGCACUCCACAUGGAACCCCACAGGUUGGCUACAGACAGGUGCGGGGCAGCAGUCCACGCCUUGGCAGCCCUCGUCCCCAAGUAGCACAGGCAGCACAGGUGGCACAGGUGGCACAGCCAACCCCUCGCAGCCCUGGGCUGCCAACAGGUCGACCGCCCAACCCCAAUGCGGCCGGACGCCCCCCUGCAAAUCAGUCCCCGUUGAAACGGGCCUCGUCUCCCCGCAAUGUCUUUGGGAUGGAGAGUCCUGGAAGGAAGGCUUACACACCAUCUCCCAGUCCAAUGCAGCGCCAUAGGGAGGUUGCUAUGGUCAAGGCAUCAUCGACGCCACGUUUGCCACAUCGCAACGUUCGUGAGCAGAGUCCCCAGGGAGCGCCACGAUGGAUGAACUCACCCCAAGCACGUUCAGAGGAGUUGGAACGCGAGAAACGCAACCGUGAGGAACGGCUGAAGCGAUUGGAGGCCGAAACCCGAGAAGCACGGCAGCGUUUGCAGCAACGGCUACAUGCCUUGGAACAACAGCAGGAGUACAAGCAGAACUUGAAUGCGGCUGCCAAGGACCCUGUGACUCCAGAAAAGCCGAAAAAGAAAAUGGUUGAGGAAUGUCCAGCCACUCCUGAUAAGCCGCAAAGACAAGUAGUUGGAGAAGCAAAGUUGAAUGAGCAAAAGAGGAAGCCUUGCAACCUGGCGUGGCUGAUGAUGAAAAAAUUGGACAGCGUGCAGAAGGAGAAGCCAGCCCGAAGUCGAGAGGUGCUCCAGGCGGUGAGUGAUGAGCCUGAGAUUCCGUUGGAAGAGAUUCACAAGGAGAAGAAGGUGGGAGCUGGAAGUUUUGGCGCUGUUUGGAAAGCUCAUUGCCGUGGCCAGGCGGUAGCUGUCAAGUAUUGCCAAGUGAACAAGCCCAGCGAGGUGAAGAUGAUCAGGGAAGAAAUCAGCUACCUUCAGAAGCUACGCCAUCCGUGCUUGGUAUCUUUCGUCGGCUUUGCCCGUGAUGCUGGACAGGUACUCAUUGUCAUGGAGUUUAUGUCUGGCGGAUCCUUGUCGCAUAUUCUCUUCACCAAGAAGACGUUUCUUUCGUUCGACAGAAAAUCAGUGAUGGCUAGACAGAUUGCAGAAGGCCUCUCCUUUCUCCACGACCAGAACGUGGUGCAUCGGGAUCUAAAAACUGCAAACGUCAUUCUUGAUGAUGACCUGAAUUGUAAGAUCUGCGACUUUGGUCUUACCAUCACCUUGGAUCGAUCGCAUAUGACAGUGUAUGGCCUCCAAGGGUCUCCUCGCUACAUGGCACCUGAACAACUCGAUGCAAACGAGCACAAGCCGACCAAGAUCACAGAAAAGGUGGAUAUUUGGCAAAUGGGCUGCGUUCUAAUGGAGCUGUACUGCCAAAUUGUGCCCUUUGCCAAUCUCAGCAGCAUUGCUGCCAUCAUUGCAGAGCUUGUAGUGAAGAAGCGGGGACCCAUCAUCCCUGAGAAAACGGAUCCCAGAGCUCGUGUUCUCCUAGCAGCUUGCCUCCGACUCAAGCCAAAGGCCCGUCCGAGCGCUGAGAUACUGCUGGACACGUUACAAAAUCUCUGCUGGGAGACGAGUGGAGAAAACUCUGGAAAUUGA